AUUCAAUAUGUAGAAUUUAUCAGCUUCUUGUUUUAUGUAAAAACCAGAUAAAUAGUUUUACUAUAAUUUACUUAGGUAAGAGUAUUUAUUACAAACAAAGCCAGAAAUUGAUAUUGUAAAUUAAGCUGUCCAAAUGUAUAGGUAAAAAAUAUUGAAUAUUCUUAGAAAAUGUGUUGAAUAUUUUGAUAGUUUAUAAGAUCCAAUCAAAUAUUAUUUUUUGGAGAAAAUUUAAACUGCUUUAAGUGAAACAAAAACAUUGAGGUUAAUAAUUAAUACAAAAAAUGAGUUAGCAGAUUAAUCAAUUAGGAAAUCUACAAAAUUAAGUUUUACUGCAGAAAAAAAGAUUAAUGAGAUUGAUUAAAUUCAAAUUAAAAAAGCAAGAGCUUAAUAAGUAAAUUUAAUGAUUAAAAUGAAUAACGAAGCUGAAUAAUAAAGCGUAAAUGUAAAUUAAAUAUUUCACAUAAAAGGUUUAAAAUAUGAUGAAUAAUUAUGUGGAUGAAAGGGAAAAUGUAGAAAAAAAAUUAAAGUAAGAUUUAGAUUGCUAAUAAAAUAAUAUUAAUGUAAGAUUAAUGAAAAGAAGAAUGGCAUAGAGGAAUAUGACUGUAAGCCAUUCAAUGUAAUAAUUAGCUUGA